GGCCCAAUCGGUUAGGAUUCUACAGAUUUCAGAAUCCACGGCGAAAACUCCGACCGGCGAACGGCUCCGACUCCAAGGCUUUGGUGGACGCUUCGAGAAGCUCUUUCGAUUACCAGCUGCUACAAUUUUCCAUUUUCUCUUUCUUUAUCUUCACUCUGCUUUUUUUUUUCUGCUCUUCCAUGGCCGAUUCCUCCGGCAAGCACGGGCGCGAUCAGCCUAUGGAUUUCCAGGGAUUUUUGAAUGACUUGCAGGAUUGGGAACUCUCCUUUAAGGGAAAAGACAAGAAACUGAAGCCACAGGCCAUUAGUAAAGAAAAGGAGGGUAGAAGGCAGACAGAAAAAGCUUCAGCAGCUGAUUACUUGAAGCACUAUGAUGCUGUUAACCGUCUAUCAAGAAAUUUUCAGACUGAUCAGAGUUUUGUUGAUGCCGCUUCAGAGAAAGAACAGGGCAAUGAGUAUUUUAAGCAAAAGAAGUUUAAAGAAGCUAUUGACUGCUAUUCAAGAAGUAUUGCUUUGUCCCCAACAGCUGUAGCCUUUGCAAAUAGGGCUAUGGCCUACCUAAAAAUCAGAAGAUAUCAGGAGGCUGAGGAUGACUGUACAGAGGCCUUAAAUUUAGAUGAUCGAUAUAUUAAAGCAUACUCACGCCGAGCAACAGCUAGAAAGGAACUUGGGAAGGCUAAAGAAGCCUUGGAGGAUGCUGAUUUUGCCCAGAGAUUGGAGCCUCACAACCAGGAGAUCAAGAAGCAACAUGCUGAGCUCAGAGCUUUUGUUGGGAAAGCAAUUCUUGAGAAGGCAUCUGGUGCUUCGAGAAGCUCCACAAAAGAUAAGGAGACAGUUAGAAAAUCUGACUCUGAAGCAAAAAUCAAGGACAUCCCUCCUGUCUCUAGCAGCACACCAAGGACAGGAUUAUCGGCAGCUCGAGAACGUGUUGAUGUAAAGGUUUCUAAUUCGUUAUUGCCCAUGGAAAAUGGUGGGGAAAAUGCCGCCAAGACAUCAGCGUAUUUAGAAGAAAACGAGGACAGAAGCACAGGAGCUGAAAUCGCUUACAAAAAAGUAGCAACUAAUGGUUUUCACAAAGACUCAAGUUCAUAUGCGGGGGAAUUGGAGAGAGAUUGUGUUCCAAGAAAGCAGGAACUGAAGCCGUCAGUGCAGGAAUUUGCUUCUUUAGCAGCUUCUAGAAGCAUGGUUGAAGCUGCAAAAAACAUUAUAGCGCCAACGACUGCCUAUCAAUUUGAGGUUUCUUGGCGAGGAUUCUCUGGUGAUCGUGGACUGCAGGCUCGUCUUUUAAAGGCCAUUGCUCCAGCCAAGUUGCCCCAGAUAUUCAAAAAUGCAUUAACAGCUCCAAUUUUAGUAGACAUCGUCAAGUGUGUGGCUAUGUUUUUCACUGAAGAACCGGCUUUGGCUAUCAGUUUUUUGGAAAAUUUAGCCAAGGUCCCAAGAUUCAGCAUACUCAUGAUGUGUCUUCCAUCCUCUGAAAAGUUUGAUCUCCUCAAGAUUUGGGAUGAAGUAUUUUGUGAUGAGGCUGUUCCAAUUGAGUACGCAGAAAUGCUCGACAGCUUGCGUUCAAAGUACUUCCUUAAACAAUGACAGACGUUUCUUUAAUGAGAAGAAGCACUUCACCUUCAAACUCUGCCUUCUUAAGCCAACCCAGCUGCUUAUCUUCACUGUAAAGUAUCCAAUUAUUCUGUUUUUGGGAUCAUAAUAUGGCAUGUUGACAUAUCUUACUCACGCAACGAAGUUAAAUGUGUCCUUGAGUUCUAAGAUUAGUAUAUUGACUCCUAGGUAGUAGGGUCCUUGGAAAGGUCUCAGUUACCCUAUGAUGUAUGUUGUUUUAGUGCACUGCCACAUGCUGGAGGAUAGUUGAAUGGUCCUUUCUACUCUUCUACUGGACCAUCCUCAACUCAAAAGUCUUUAUGUGAAUGUGUAGGAUUUGCAAUUUUCAUUGGUACUUAAGAUUUGCUGUUGCAUCACAAUCUAGUUGGGGUCCAGAGUUUAAAAUGGCCUUGGACAAAUCAUAUGCUCCAUUUUGCAAUCUAUGAUAUAUAGGUGUCUACAUUGCUGUCAA